UGCCACAAGACACAUGAAUGAAAUGGAUAGGUUACUCAAGUCAUGUGAUGCAUUGGUUGCGAAACACACGCGGAAGUAUGACGCUGUAUACUGUUGCUUUUAUUCUUGCUUUUUUGCAUUUAGCCAAUUUAACACCCUUGUUUUUACCUGAAGAGGAAUAUCACUUCAAACAAUGGAUGUUACAGUAUAAUAAAGUCUAUGCUCUGGAGGAGUACCACCAUCGCCUGAACAUCUUCACUGGGCAUAAGAGGAGAAUCCACUAUCAUAAUGCAGGGAAGCACACGUUCUCAAUGGGACUGAAUCAGUUUUCUGACAUGAGCUUUGUAGAGUUUCGGAAGACUUUCCUCCUGACUGAACCUCAGAACUGCUCUGCCACCAAAGGGAGUCACAUCAGCAGCCAUGGGCCAUAUCCUGGUUCUGUGGACUGGAGAGAGAAGGGAAACUAUGUGUCACCUGUCAAAUAUCAAGGUCAUUGUGGAAGCUGCUGGACCUUCUCCACUACCGGCUGUCUUGAGUCUGUUACCGCUAUAGCUACUGGAAAACUCCCACUUCUGUCUGAGCAGCAACUGAUGGACUGUGCUCAAGACUUCAACAAUCACGGAUGUAUGGGGUUGGUAGCCUACAGUACCAUCUUAAAAUCACAUGAGCUUAUCACUCCUGUCCUGCAUGUGACUUCUAUGCCUCCUGAUGCAUACUGUAGCUAUCUGUCUACAAAAACAUCAUUCAGAUACUGUAAUGUAUUGGUUUCAGGGGACUCCCAAGCCAGGCGUUUGAGUAUGUUAAAUACAACAAUGGACUCAUGACCGAAGAUGACUAUCCUUACAUGGGAUGUAUUUAUGUAUUUAUAAAUGAUUCUUAGUGUAAAAAAGGAAAAUGUUAAUAACCCAAGUAACAGUGUUAUACUAGUAUUUAAUCCUUAUGACUCACUUGUCUGGAUUACUCACUAUAUACUUCUUUACCCCAAUUAAAUUUUUUAGGAUGGCUCUUGCAAUUUCAAGCCCGAGUUGGCAGCUGCCUUCGUGAAAGAUGUUGUCAACAUAACAAGUUAUGACGAAAAGGGCAUGGUUGAUGCUGUGGCCAGACUGAACCCAGUCAGCUUUGGAUAUGAAGUGACUGAUGAUUUCCUCCACUACAAAGAUGGUGUGUACAGCAGCACUACGUGUAAGAACACUACAGACAAUGUGAACCAUGCUGUACUGGCAGUGGGAUAUGGUGAAAAGAAUAGCACUCCAUAUUGGAUCGUGAACAACUCCUGGGGCACCAACUGGGGAAUGGAUGGGUAAAUACAUACAAAAUAUUCAGUGCUGUUGAACUACCUUUUUUUACUAAUGAUAACUAUAUAGAUGCUUCAUGGACACAGAUCAGCUAUUGAACACCCAGACCUUGUAGGACACGUAUACUGCCAGAUAGCUGUCUGACUAUCUCCUUUUAGGGUGAAAUUAUACUGAACAAAAGUAAUAAACACAACAUGCAACAAUUUCUAUGUUUUUACUGAGUUACAGU